UAGUCUAACUCACAUACACAAUAGAACCAAAGCCUAGUGGAAGAGACGAUCUCAUCAUACAUGGAGGCUUACAAAGUGCAUGCUAAGCCACAGUUCAACUGCCUCUCCCUAGCCUUUCUCUUUUUAUUUUCGUUAAUAUCGUCUUUUGCAAAUGCAGAAAUUCACCACCACCAAUUCACCGUUCAAGAAACUCCGGUGAACAGGCUGUGCAAAACUCAUAACAUAAUCACUGUUAACGGCCAAUUUCCAGGGCCAACAUUGGAAGUACGCAACGGUGACACACUUGUCAUCAAAGUCCUAAACAGUGGACGUUACAAUAUCACCAUCCACUGGCACGGAAUUCGACAAAUACGAAGUCAAUGGGCAGAUGGACCUGAAUAUGUGACACAGUGUCCGAUCAAGCCAGGAGGGACCUACACGUACCGGUUCACGAUUGAAGAUCAGGAGGGAACACUCUGGUGGCAUGCUCAUAGCAGAUGGCUUAGAGCUACUGUUUAUGGAGCACUCAUCAUUCACCCUAAAUUGGGUUCUCCUUAUCCCUUCCAAAAUCCCAAGCAAGAGAUCCCUAUUCUUCUAGGGGAAUGGUGGAACAGAGACCCCAUUAGUGUCCAAAGACAGACAGUUUUCACCGGGGCAGCUCCAAAUGUAUCCGACGCCUACACCAUUAACGGUCAACCUGGCGACUUAUACCCAUGUUCCAAUAAAGGCACAGUCAGAUUCACUGUGGAUUCCGGGGAAACAAUUCUCCUCCGAAUCAUCAACGCUGCACUCAAUCAACAACUCUUCUUCGCGGUAGCCAACCACAGGUUCACCGUCGUGGCCACUGAUGCGCUCUACACUCGGCCCUUCACAACCUCCAUCCUCAUGUUGGGACCCGGCCAGACAACCGAUGUCCUCCUCACCACUGACCAGACUCCUGGGCACUACUACAUGGCUGCCCGUGCCUAUGCCACUGCCCAAAAUGCACCGUUUGACAACACCACCACCACCGCCAUCCUCAAAUACAGAACGGCCAAGACAGGUGUCCCCUCCAGGCCAACCAUGCCCCGGUUACCGGCCUACAACGACACUGCUACCGUCACUGCUUUCACGUCACAAUUUAGAAGUCCUUUUAAGGUUGAAGUCCCAACCGUGAUCGAUGAAAACCUUUUUUUCACCAUCGGGUUAGGACUUGUCAAUUGUACCCCUGGACCGCGGUGUCAAGGGCCUAAUAACACCCGUUUCGCAGCCAGCAUGAACAACGUGUCGUUUGUACUCCCGAGAAGGAAAAGGAAUUCUUUACUCCAAGCCUACUAUCAAAAUGUGCCAGGUGUCUAUACCACGGACUUUCCGACUGUUCCACCUGUACAAUUCAACUACACGGGCAAUGUGCCCCGGGGGUUGUGGCAACCUGUUUACGGGACUAAGCUUCACAAGAUGAAGUUUGGUUCCAGGGUCCAAAUUGUGUUGCAAGAUACAGCUAUUGUCACAACAGAGGACCACCCUAUUCAUCUUCAUGGGUACCAUUUCUAUGUUGUUGGACAAGGUUUUGGUAAUUUUAAUCCUAGAAGAGAUCCUGCAAGAUUUAACCUCAUUGAUCCUCCACAGAGGAACACUAUUGAUGUCCCUGUUGGUGGAUGGGCAGUCAUCCGGUUUGUCGCUGAUAAUCCAGGGGUUUGGCUGAUGCACUGUCACAUAGAUUCUCAUCUAAUGUGGGGUCUGGCUACGUCAAUCAUCGUUGAAAAUGGAGUCGGCGAAUUGCAGACUGUAGCGCCUCCUCCACCUGAUCUGCCUCCAUGCUAAGAUCUUCAACAGAAAAACUCUAAAUGUUUUCAAAAAACUAGUUGGAAUUUCCACUAGUUCCUCCCUAGUUUUGUCAACUUUUUGAAUGUUAUUAGUCUCCUUCAUAUAGGAGAAUCUCACUGUAGAUUGUUGGCUGCAAUGGCCAUUGUUGUCUGAUUGCUGCAUUUU